CUUUGCGCUUGCUUACCGAAGAAAAACAAUGAAAAUUGGAGAAAGCAGAAAGAGCAUGCGGCAACGUUUCUGAAGAGGCAGACAUUUUGUUCGUACCAGUGAAGAUUCUCUCAUUUCUCUCCUUCCCUCCGCCGCUCCCUCCUCCAUCUCCGUCACCAAACGCUCGCUUUCUCCCUCGCUCUCUCUCUGUCAAACUACAAGCUAUGGGAGGCAGAGGAGUUAUCGGAGAUCGAUGGUCCAUGAGGAUUCUCUGGGCGUGUGCAAUCGGCAGUGCUGUCAGCCUAUAUAUGGUUGCUGUGGACAGACAACUAAAGAACAGGGAACGAGCGCUGGCUGAAGAGUUAAAAGCCAUGGAGGCAGAAUCAGGCAGCGGUGAGGUUGUUUGACUGUUGAUAAAUUAUAGGCAAUGACUAGCUUAGAGCUUUCCAGAUAUCCCUGAGUUCGCAUCUUUGUCAUUUUGGCCAUUGUGAGGAUCAAGUAAAAUGUUGUCCGCUGACCAGAAUUUCCCGAUUCUGGUUUUUGGAGGAUGAUAAUGUAUAAGUGGUUGCAGAGACUGUUCUCUGCACAGGAAUCUAUGUUUGAGAAUGACGAUGUUUGGUGACUGGUGUCCAGUCUCUGACAUUUCUUUUGCGAUGCAUUCAAACGCGUUAGCAACAUUUUCAUUCCCUCUCA